AUGGCUGCGUUGGUGCAAACGAUUCCACAACAAAGUAGCACGGUCUCUGUGCUUCAGACUCGCCCUUCAUCCUCUUCCGGCUCCUUUGCCCCAUCUCCUCAGCCUUCGCAGCAGCAAAAUUCUCGCAGUUCCACGAUGUCCUGGAACUCGUACAAUACUGUGAGCGGAUCUCAGGGCUAUCGGGCGGGCCACCAGGUUGUGGCCCCCUAUGCUUUCACUGGCACGCCUAGCCUACCCAAUGCCAGUUUCAACACGACGCAGAAUAGUCAGUCGUGGUCGCCCCAUUUGAGGCCAGAGAACCGAACUUCCUCUGCUCCCUCAGUCCCCCAGGGGACUCCAGUCCAUCCUCAUGCCAUUGGCUCCAACCCUCGUUUCUCCCACCAUCCUGCAGCUGGUUCUGUAUCUACUUCGUCCUCCAACUCUUCCGUCCAAUCUUACCGCUCCAAAGACGACUCCGCGAUCCCUUCGAGACAGUCACGCAGCGACCCGCCUCUUCGCCCUUUAUCGACCGCCAACCUGCCGUCUCCUUCGUCAUUCAUGAACAUAUCCUCUCCUACCGUUGCUCGACCGUCUCCCGACCGUUAUCGGCGUGGAAGCAGACGUUCAGAUAACGCAGCGGGAGCCCAGUCGACAGUAACCGCUUCUAGCCUGCCAGGAGAGGAUCAACUUGCGUCGAAGAAUGCCUUGCAGGAACCGUCCCGCAAACCGGGACACGCUCGAGUUUCUAGUAUGGAUGACACAGCGCGCCCUGAGAAGCCACAAGCAGAGCUUGCCAAGCGAUACAGGCGUCGGAGUUGGGGGAAUAUUGAUAAUGCUGGCUUGAUUAAUCUGCAACUUCACCUGCCAUCAUCUCCGACACCGAUACUGAAUGUGCACGAUUAUUUCGACCCCAACAAUCGACCGCAAUCCGCCCAGUCUCAUCGAGAUGUCUCGGGCAGCAAUCACUCAGCUAACUCAUCUACGUCCUCCGUAAGAUAUACUCCCCUCUCUGAAAUUCUUCUUGCGCUGACAUGCACCAAGGUACGCGAGGCAGGAUUGACGGAGGCUGCAACCUCAAGUAAGAGUACGAGCAAGUUGGACGACACCAAGCGAUCGACAAAGCCCUCGCCGUUGUCGCAACCAGUCUCUGCAGAGCCUAUACCUACCGGCUCUCAGCCACCAAACGAGAAGCAGUCGCCCAUUCCGAGUGAGACCGUUGCUUCGCAACGACUGGCUGACAUCACUAAGAACGAGGUCAAACGGCCCGGAAAGUCUCGGUUGAGGAGAGCUUUCUCUUUCGGGAGCGCUUCAGAGCUCCUCAAGGCGUCCUCGCAGAAUAGCCCAGCGAAGAGAGAUACUAUUGCUGCAGAGAAGUCCCGAAGAGAACUACUGAAAGAAGAGUUAGGACCUGAGCAGGCCGCGAUCGCUGAACAGCAGGAGGCCAGUGGGUUGGGUGAGAGCAUUUACUCGCAUCAUCAAGGCCGCUUCUUCAAUAGCUCUACAGACAAUCUGUCGGUGUCAUCCACAGCGUCAUCAGCGUCAAUAAUGCUGCGGAAGAUGGGUAAGGGUAUGAAGAGGUCCACUCGGUCACUCGUCGGGCUUUUUCGUCCCAAGUCCAUCGUGAGCAUCUCGUCGAACGAUGGCGGAAAUGUGGAGCCUAUGGCACCCAAAUUGUCAGUGGUCAACGUCGAAGCGGAGAGGAAGAGCGUGACUGCCAACGCAGAUCCCCAGGAACUACCUCGCGGAGGCACUGUUUUUCCUAAGAUGGAAAGUAGCACACAGAAUCCUUCAGCUCAGGAAUAUGUGGGGGCCGAGAAAUGCCAAUCGCGUAAGAGCAUUGUGGGUGGUGACAGGGAACGGGCAGAGGUUCUGGCGGCGGUCAGGAAGGGCAUCCUCAAGAAUACAAAUCGCUCCAACAGAGCCGCUGAGGGUCCACAGACACUGGUCGGCAGUGACUCGCCUCAUUCCAGUGCUCCCAGUACACCUGAGGAUUCGUCUCGAGCUGGUAACCGACGGUCCGAGGCCGUCAAGAUAGCUGGCGAAGACUACUUCUUACCGGAUGGGCGAAUUCCCGAGGCUCGAAGCUCACCUGCGACGCCGCAACCCGUGGUGACAAAGACUCUUGUCUUUAGUCCUCGCAUUCAGUUUCAUGAGACAUGGCCCAGUGGAGAGUACGAUCGUCGAGGAGACAUUGCAACCUGCAACCGCUUGACGCCACUUCUCGCUCAACAGAUCAAAGAAGAACUCAACAAUUUCAAGAUGGAAAUGGAAGUUCACGAGACCUCGAAGAUCUACACUCAUUUCUUGUGA